AUGACACGCCGAAAUGACGAGCAUCGCUUGUCGCCGCCGAUUGAGCGACCAGCCCUGCACACCCCAUCUCACUCUCACUUCCUCUCUCUCCUCUCCUCUCUCUCUCUCCCUCUCUUCUGGGGCCGCUGUCUGAAUUGGCCCGUGUACGCUACUCAAAUCACCGAGGAGACAAAGAAGACCAGUGGUGGCGGAGACACGUCCGUCUACCAGACACCUCAACCAAGCUAAAGUGCGCCACAGAGUUGGUUAAUGGAGAUUAGUUGUGGCAAUAUCAACACGAACCACCGAGUCACACUGUCCUACAAGUCGAUUUUGUUCGGCAAUGAACAGGACGUCAAGCAGGUGUCUCGCAUUACCAUGAAGUCAUUCGACGAUGCUUUCAAGGGUUUCGUGGUCGCAUCCUCUACCGUCACUGCCACGUUCUCGUCACACUAUUUCCAAAACCAACGUGACGCGCACGCAACCGGCCUUGUCGGGUUGCUAGACUACCACCGACGCCUACAAACGCAUCCACAUGGCCAAAAGGCAGUUGGUGCAAGCUGCAAUGUGAUUGGCUACUUGUGUGGAGGGGUAACGCGUUUGCGAAGCAAAAUAUCCCACGCGAUGCUGGCUACGGCAGGAAAGCCAGCGGCCAAGUCCUCGCCUUACUACAGCGCUUAA